AUGGUUGCCACGGUGGAAGUAGAGGCUGUCAAGAAGGACGAGACGGAGAAGGUCGUCGUUGAGGAUGGAUCGGAUGAUUCUGACGAUGACACUCCGGGUCUCGAGGGUGAAUUGACAGAGGAACAGAAAAAGGUUGCAGAGGCUGCCGGGCUCGGUGAUCAGAUGGACAAGCAAGUGAAACAAAGCCGUUCUGAAAAGAAGGCUCGUAAGCUGUUCUCAAAACUUGGGCUGAAACCGGUGACUGGUGUGUCGCGGGUGUGCAUUCGUAAAUCGAAGAACAUUUUGUUUGUCAUCAAUAAACCUGACGUGUACAAGAGCCCAGGUUCUGACACAUACAUUGUAUUUGGAGAAGCCAAGAUCGAAGAUCUUUCACAGCAUCAACAGUUGACUGCAAUAGAUAGAAUCAAGCCCAGUGAAGAUACUCCUGCUCCGCUUGCUACUGUGCAAGAGGAUGAGGAUGAUGGCACUGAGGAAGAUGCAACCGGUAUUGAAGAGAAGGACAUUGAGCUAGUGAUGUCACAAGCGAACACCUCCCGCAACAAGGCGAUUAGAGCGUUGCGAUCAGCUGAUAACGAUAUUGUAAACGCCAUUAUGAGCCUAACAAUGUAG